AUGGCUUUUCCCAAGCUUUUCUUCAUUCUGUCUUUGGUGGUGAUUUUGUCACUCUCAAACACCCAUAUGACCGAAGCAGCUCGCCACCUUUUGGACACACCGGCAGCAGCUCCACCUCCAGCAUUGGCAUUCCCUACAAUCCCAUCUCUGCCAAAACAAACACUGCCUCCAUUGCCUUCAAUACCAACACUUCCCAAGCCCUCAAACACCUUGCCUACAUUUCCAACUGCCCCAACUCUGCCCAAGGCCACAUUGCCUCCAUUGCCCUCAACACCAUUGCCUACCCUUCCAACUGCUCCAACUCUACCAAAUCUGGCCACGUUGCCACCAUUGCCCUCUACCCCAUUGCCUACUCUUCCAACUACUCUGCCUCCAUUGCCAAGCUCUCAAAUGCCUUCUUUGCCAAAACCUUCCGCAUUGCCUACGUUGCCCACAACACUAACUCCAUUGCCAGCCAAUCCACUGCCCUCUCUCCAAAUCCCAACAACAAUCCCUUCUAUCCCCCCUAUUCCAUCAACAAUUCCGACCAUUUCAUUCCUCUCCCCACCCCCAUCAAAUUAA